CGCCUCCAAAAUCUGUACCCCACCCCCUUCUGCGCUACCGUCUCUAGUAGCCGUUGACGGCUCUUGUAGUGACGGAUCAACCCCGCUCUGUAACAUUUUCUUUUUCUUUUUCAUUUGUUUUGUGGAAAAAGAAAAAAGGAGUACAACGAUACAACCUCGAGACAAGUCGGGACAAGACCAGUCUCAAGGCUCACCAUACUCAAUGAGCGGACAGCGCAAUGUCAGAGCGUUCUGGGCAAACGGCAAAGGGGAAGGAUGGCAAAACCAAGUAUGCAUCUCUCAACCUGUUUGAUACCUACAAAGGAAAGAGCCUUGAAACACAGAAGCCAGUUGUUGCCCCUCGUCAUGGCUUGCAGUCUCUUGGUAAAGUGUCCUCUGCACGGCGCAUGCCCCCCCCUGCCAACCUUCCCAGUCUGAAGGCGGAGAACAAAGGCAACGACCCCAACGUCACGCUCGUUCCCAAAGACGGCACAGGAUGGGCAAGCAAGCAGGAACAAGCAGACCCAAAGAGUACCGAUGCAUUGUCAGCACCGCAGCCGGAGUCGCAGCAGCCUGUGGAUUCACAGACACCUGCAGUGACCCAGUCGAGAACCCCUCCGGCUCAAGAGGUAGCACAAGAGGCCCCAGUUACAGCUUCGGCCGCAGGGGCAAGGUCCUGGGCUCAGGCCAGUGUUACACAUGGAGCACAAGGAGAUGGUGGAAAGGGAUCAAGCCAACUGUCGCCAUUCUCUCGCGAGGAAUUUCCCACCCUGCAAGCGGCUGGCGACCAGGACAAAGCUGGCAGAGAACAGGCCACUGCAGAUCAGUGGUAUGGGCCCGGACCAAGCCUCCGCCCCCAGAACGUGACGAGUUGGCGGGACGGUGGGGGCCGAGCGUUGGCGGCCUCCCCUGCUGGGGAGGGGGUGGCGGAGGCUGGUGCUGGGGGAGCCCUUGUGAUGGAGGGGGCCACCCAGCAGCCGAACCCCUCGUCCCACGGGCCGCCUAGGAACCCCCCGGCCGGCAGCCCCGCUCUGCCUCUCCCCCAGCCCCCUGGCGGACCCCAGUUCCCUGCCUACCGCGGAAUCAUGCCUCCCUUCAUGUACCCGCCGUACCUGCCCUUUCCACCUCCAUAUGGUCCUCAAGGGCCCUACAGGUAUCCUCCACCCAAUGAGGCACACAGGUUCUCUCGUCCGCAGGGUGGGCCAGGCCCUGAUGGGAGGCCCUCUGGAGGCCCCCGGGGAGGUGGGGAGCACGUGAAGCGCCCCUCCAUCCUCAAGCAGGACGACCUGAAAGAGCUGGACGAACUGGACCACCAGGAUGGAGACGAGGGCUGGGCCGGGGCUCACGAGGAGAUUGACUACUCCGCCAAGCUGAAGUUCAGUGACGAUGAAGGAGAGGAGGACGGGGAGGAGGAGAGGAGCGACAGCAGGAAUGGCACUCGAGAGCCACAACAGCAGCGUGCUCAGGAUGGCCAUGCCCCAACCUCGCGCUCCCGAGCGUCCGACAGCGGAGGGGACUCCCAUCGCAACACACCAGCCGCUGCCGACAGCCCCACACCCCCCUCCAGCAAGCCAGGCUCGGCCGAGGAGGGAGGCGGCAGCUGGGCUGGACAGGGCAGCGCCGGACCCUACCAGGACCGCUCGUCCAAUCAGACGGGCCCUCCAGGUACUGGCCCUCUGGCAUCCCAGAAGCCCUCGGGUUCUCAUCAGAGUGGCAGCGGCAGUGGCGGUGGACCCACCCCUCCACCCCCCUCCGGGGGCCUCCUCCCCCAGCCGGCAGGCGAAGACGAGGACGAGACGUGGCGCCAACGGCGGAAGCAGUCAUCCACGGAGAUCUCUGCCGCCGUGGAGCGCGCCCGUCGCCGCCGGGAGGAAGAGGAGCGGCGCAUGGAGGAUGAGCGCCGAGCGGCAUGCGCCGAGAAGCUCAAGCGGCUGGACCAGAAGCAGCAGCAGCAGCAGCAGCAGCAGCAACAGCAGAGCACCAAGCCAGACAGCGCCACGCCACCCCCUGCUGCCCCAGCCAGCAGCCCCAGCCCCUCACUCUCGGCCUCGGCCUCCUCGCCCAACGUCAGCCAGCCCCCCUCGCCCUGCGUGGAUCUUGAGGAAGCCCCCCUGUCCUCUGUGCAGGCCAACUCCACUGUCGCCAUUCACCGACAGAGGGCUGGCAGCAACAGCAGCUACGACUCCAUCACAGAGAGCCAGCAGAGUCCUCCACCUGCAGUGUCCCAGCAGCAGCAGCCCCAGCAGCAGCAGCAACAGCAGCAGCUACCGCCACAGAAGCUUCUGGAGACCGCAGGCCCUGGCGACAGCAAAGAAGACUCCCUGGCCGUGCCUCACGUCCGCAGUGGAAGAGGUGGAGGUGGAGGAGGAGAGGAUUCUGGGAAGGCGGAGAGCGCCGGGGGUGGUGCGGGUCGGCAGCCCAGCGGCCCCCCUGGUCAAGGCUACUCCAAAUACCAGAAGUCGCUGCCACCUCGUUUCCAGCGGCAACAGCAGGAGCAGCUCCUGAAGCAGCAGCAGCAGUGGCAGCACCAGCACAACCAGGCUGCCCAGGGCCAGAUGCAGUCCCAGCAGCAGGCCCCGCAGGGCCCCUCCCCAGGAAACGCCCAGCAGACCGGCCCCAAGCAGACCGGCCCGCCGAUCUACCCGCCUGGCUCUAUGGGCCGCCCGCCGCCCCUGCCCAUGAACUUUGACCCCCGCUGGGUAAUGAUGCCCUACAUGGACCCCAGGAUGAUGCAGGGCCGCCCGCCACCCAUGGACUACUACCCGCCCAACAUGCAUCCAACUGGGCUCAUGGGUCGAGAGCGCUCUGACUCCGGAGGUUCUGGGUCAGACCAGUUUGACCGGCAGCAGCAGCAACAACAGCAGCAACAGCAGCAGCAGCAACAGCAUGGGGGACACCCUCACCGCGGGACGCCCCCCAUGGAUCCGAAACUGGCCUGGGCGCCAGAGGUGUUCCCUGGCGGAGUGGAAGGCAGGGGCCUGAGCUCCCCACUGAGGCAGAAGCAGGCUCUGGAGGAGGAUGACAUGGCCAAGGGCCCAAGGAGUGACACUCCUCCCGUUCGUGGAACAGGCCCCAUGCAGCAGCCUGGAGUUUCCCCCAACUCUCCCUCUGGCUCAUCCAACCAGACGCCACCACCCAUGGGCACCCAGGUCGGGGGCCCCCAUCAUCAGCCCUUCAUGGGAGGUAGAGGAAACUACAGUGGCUUCCCUGACGGUGGAUCCAGAAUGGCUGCCCAUCAGCAGCAGCAGCAGCAGAGGGGUAACAGUGGGGGCUCCCAGCACGGCUUUGGCCAUCAGGAUGAGGGGCCCCGGGGAGGCCAGCAGCAGGGUCAGAUCUGGGGGGCUCCGCACCCCCACUAUGACCGCAACGGCCGCGCAGACCUGUCUCCUCUGGAGAACAGUGGGCACCUCCAGCAGCAGCAGCAGCAGCACCACCCCGGGCACCACCCUCACUUCUCCCUGUACCCCCACAAACAGGAGAACGGGCGCGGUGAGCGCGAGCGCGGAGGAGACCCCAAGAAGAGCGACCCCUCGCCUUCGCUCCACCAGCCAUCCCUUUCCUCCUCCUGUUCCUCCUCUUCCUCGUCCACCUCUGCUAGGGAGGAUGGCAGCGGGAAGCAGCAGCCUCAGCAUCCACAGGCCCCACAGCCGGAGCAUGACUCCACUGUCGGGCACGGUGGUGGAGGCGGCAGAAAAGGGGAUAAGAUGCCCCCCAACACCCACUUCUCUCAGUCCCAGCAUGCUCAGCAGCAGCAGCAACACCCCAAAGGCGGCCAGCGGGGGCGGGACCACAAGACAGAAACGCAGUGGGGCCCGCGACCAGGAGGCAGCACCCCGGGCGGAGGUCCCCCGCACGGUAGAAAGGGAAACACCGGACCGGGCGCCACCGUGGGAGGAGAGGACUCGGCAAACCCUUCAGCCGACGGCAAGUCACAGCAAGGGGGCGCCAACCUUAACAGGAGGGCAGGCCCGAUCAAGAGGCCCGUGCUGAAGGAGAUGAAGAGGGAGGGAGGAGAAGGGGAAGGCGGAGAGAAGACCGCUGGAGGACUGGGCAAAGAGAAGGAGCAAGAUGGCCCAUCCUCAGCGAAGCAGGACCCGGCCUCCCAGACGUCCUCCGCCAACUCUGGCAAAGACGAGUCUGUCCCAGCCAAUAAGCAGAGGAACGGCGGGAAGGAGCGAGCUCCUGGGGGCAAGGGGCCCAAAGAUGCAGAUGGCUCUGCUCCCAACCAAGGUGGUCCUCCCUCGAGGAGGGAUCGUGAGCGCUCGCACGAAGGAGUCGGUGGCGGCGCCACGUUCCACCCCUCCGCCUCCAGGGGCAGCCGGGCGACCCGCGCCCGAGGUGAGUUCUAUGGACGUGGACGUGGGUACCGGGGCGCCUACGCGGGCAGCAGCAGUGGCGGUGGUGGCGGCACCAGCAGAGGCAGAGCAGGCGGCCGGAGCAGCCGUGACUUCCGGGCGUCCACAAACAGUGGCUACCACCAGGAGUACAACAAAAAUGAUGGGCCAUCUGGCGGCGGCAGACACGGGCAGGGUAGCUCGCAGCAUAACCCAGCCCGUGCCCGCAACCGCAGCGAGACACGCAGCGAAGGCUCGGAGUACGAGGAGAUCCCCAAACGGAGGAGGCAGCGAGGGUCAGAAACGGGCAGCGAGAGCGGCGGCAGUGAGCACUCGGAGAAGGAGGAGCAGCAGCAGCAGCAGCAUCAGCGCAAGCCCAGCGCCAAGAAUGGCACCGGCCCCGAGAACGCCACCAUGAGCGGGCAGUCGUCCUCUGGCCAACCCAGGAGCUCGCAGGCCCGGGUCUUCACCCCUCGAGGAGUGCCCUCCAGAAGGGGCCGGGGAGGAGGAGGAGGAGGCGGCGCCGGAGGAGGCAUGUAUCGCGGCGGGGGAGGGAGCAUGGCCGGAGGUCACCGUUCGGGCUCUGGGUCGGCUUCCUCCCACAGCUGGUCGGCCAAGUCCUCGACGACUGUCCGCAAGCAGCAGGCUCCCGCCAACCCCUCGCCUCCUAAAGACUCCGGUCGUACCGGUGGGGGAGAAAAGAAGGAGAAAGCCGGCGGCGAGAACCAGUCUCAGAGCCAGGUCACCAACCCUCAGCCAGGACCGCCUGCCACAGCGGCGCCCCCUCCGCAGAGCACUGCUGAGAACGGAGGCGUUGUGGGCCAGCCCCCGUCUGCCAACCCCACCUCCAACUCCACAGGGCCCCCACCUCAGACGCUCUCGGGUCAGGACGGCCGCUCGUUCCCGCCACGGAGCUUCGAGCGCCCCCCUCGGCGCCGUCGCCACGGUCGCUCGCAGCAUCAGCAGGACAAGCCGCCCCGCUUCCGCCGGCUCAAGCAGGAGCGCGAUAACGCAGCACGCAUCAAUGGCAGCGCCCCGCAACAUCGCUCCUCCUCACCUGCGGAGACGGAUGGCACUGGCAACCCCAACGCCACCGUGCCCAACGCCAACCACAACAACUCUACUGCAACCAACACCACCAACAACAGCAGCGGCGGCGGCCAUGUCGGGGGUGGAGGUGGCAGCCUGAACUUGAACAGCCACCACCACCAUCACUACAACCAGAGCAACGCAUCUCAGAACCACCCGCAGCACCGACACAACCACAACCAAGCCGGGGGCGCCAAGUCCCCCGACGUCUCCAACCAGAACUCGGAUCACGCCAAUGAGGAAUGGGAGACCGCCUCAGAGAGCAGUGACUUCACGGAGUUCCGCGAGCGAGAGGGCGGCGGUGGCAAAUCCUACCCCUCCCAUCACCACCACCACCACCACCAUCACCAUCAUCAGCACCAGCCCUCAGGGCGCGGUGGAGGGGGUGGCGGUGAGCGUGACCUGUCGUCCAAAGAGGCGGCCGGGAACAAGAGGAGCUUCUCCAGCCAGCGGCCCGGCAUGGAGCGGCAGAACCGGCGGGUCAGUGCCGGCGGCGGUGGCGGCGGAGGAAGGGGCCCCAGAGGGCCACCCGGUGGGGGGGGUGGAGGAGGGGGAGGCAUGGGAGGAGGGCCCGGCAAUGGUGGAGGCAGUCGCGGUGAGAGGCGCGGUAACUGGCCCUCUCCUAAAAACAGGAAGUAAUUUUGUCUUUGGUUGUUGUUUUGUUUUGGAGAAUUUUUUUGGAAACAUUUCAAAUGAAUCCUGUGUCUCUCCCCCUUCCCACCUCCUUUCCUCCAGUCCUUGUCUUCUCUCCAUCAACUCUUCUUUUGUUUUUUUUCUUUACUCAACCCUAACAUGUUAGCACAUUAUUGUACAAUACAUAGUGACUGAGACCGUGUACGCAUUCAUUCUUGCCCCCCUCCCUUCUCUCUGUCUUGCUUUCUCUCUCACUGCUGUGUCUCAAACCUUUUGUAAAUCCACGCUCUGCUACCACCCCUUCCCCCUUCCCCCCCACCAAACCCACCUCUCUAGCCUGUCUAUUGAUUAGAUUUUACAGACAUUUUAAAACUCAAGCAUCUGUUGAUUGACGCUACAAACGUUCAAAUGAGAUCCACAGUCGCACGUUUGCAUUUACAAGCACAAGAUUGCAUUGACCUGACCCAGUGAGAGUGCCGAGCACGUGGAUGCGGCUGGGGGAGGCUUGGCUCAGAUGCCCAUAGACAGGGCCAAAGUCCAUGAUGUACUUUUGUAUUGUUACCACCAGGGAGGGGGGUGGGAGGGUGGCAGACCUGCCGAUUCUUCUCUUUUUCUCUACAAGAGUGGUUGGGAAAGGCUACUGUUUUAUUGCGAACACUUGUACCAUAUUUUGUUUCUUUCUCCUCGUGUUGUGGGGUAUUCUUUUUUUUUCUUAUUUUCUUUUCGCCUGUGUUCAAUGUUCAUUUCCUUUCCACCGUUAGGAGUUAGGGCUGUGUGCUUAUUUCUCUUCUUUUCUGCAAGGCAGAUCAUUCAUUAAAAUACCUUUUUAUACAACCCCAGCUCUUUCUCAAGGUUUUUUUUUUUCUUUCAUUUUUUUUUCUUCAUUUUUUUCGACAAGUACAUCAUUACUUACUGUGACUACCAACCCCACAGAGAACUACUGCUCACUCCCCACACACACUGAUUCUGUCUCUGAUGUCAACGCCCUCGCUGCUCUUCCCUAGAAAUAUAUGGUGUGAUUUCUCUUCUUAAGGUUUGGGGGGUGACUCCUCCAGUGUUAUCUCAUCUGUUUUGACCGAUGAAGGCUGGUUUUCUUUUUUUUUUUUUUCCUGUUUCUUUUUUGUUUGUUUUCCAGCCUCAGCGUACCAUUCUAGUUUUCUUGACACGUGAACGUUUGACUAUAAUUUCAUUCAAAGAGGAAAUGUCUUGUCCUCAAGCGAUGGCAUGCAAAAGGUGACUGAAUUGAUGGCGUAAGAAGGCUUUAAGAGUUUUGUUUUUCCCCCUCUCUUCAGACUCAUUUUCCUAGGCAGGUUUUUCCAGGGUUUUUUUCCAGUCUCUUGAAACAGCCACAGAUCUUUUUUUUUUGUUGUCUUAGGAGAAUGAGUCUCAAGUAUUUCUGUCAAUAUUGUUAUUAGAUUCUUGCAGAGUUAUUUGUUGUUAUCCAUAACAGCUGAAUAGUAAGCACUCCUAGAAUGACGCAAACUGUUAUGAUGUUUCUUUAGGGGUUGGGUCCCCCCUCCCCUCCCUCCCCCCAAUGCAUGCCCUCACAAUGUUGGAUAGUGCAGCAGGUGUCAACCCCUUUCUGCAGGGGCUGGAGGACUGCAGGCCACUGUUGCUGUUGUCGAGUGUUUUUGGCUCUGCCGUUGUGUAUAUAUACAAAAGGAAACUCUCUGCUUGGCUGCUGCCAUUAGUGUCUGCAGAGUGAACAAACAGCUCUGUUUAAAACCCAAGUGUUCCAUAUUUCAUAUUCUCAACUUCAUGGGCCCUCCUGUGAAGGUUAUAUGUAUAUCCCUUAAAACUGACCCGUUUUUUUCUUUUUGAUAAUAUUUUGAUUACUUUUCAGUGAGUGUUACAGAGCUGUUCAAGGGACGUUGAUGAAACCCCAAUGUUGACAAAACACUGACAUACACACAAACACAAGUUCACUCCGCCUUAGGGCAUAGCCAAGAGGAUUUCCAAAAUCUAAAAGGGCAUCAUAAACAAUUAAGAAUCCUACAUUAUCUUUGUUCCUCAACGUUGUAUCAAUAUCUCACUGCUGUAAGUUGGGGUUUGUAUGUUUACGGGAGCUCCUAGGACGUCGAGUAGGGUUUACGAAUGAGUGUGCGCAUGUGCGGUUUUCUUGGCCGUGUGUGACAUUUCCCCUUGUCGAGGCAGAGGUUGUAUGCACACAUGUUUAAUACGUUCUUUUGUUUCUGCCAUAUUAGGAUACAAUUGUACCACUCACCUUACAUACAUUCACGCAUAUACAUUGAAAUGUGUGUAUAUUUUUCUCCAAAUGAAGUACUUGCUGUGGGAAAACUUAGCCAAUCGUUGGUCAUCAAGGACCCCCCCACCCCACCCCCCUCUCAUUUUAUACAAUAAGGAUAAAAGACAAAAUGAAGUGGGCAUCUAUUUUCCUUUUUAACACUGUUUUACCAUGCAUGAACACAUCUAUGGAUGCAGCUUACGGGGCCUGUCAUACAUUGGUUGCCAUAUUACUUGCGGGCUCUUAACUGAUUCCUUCAUCCCUCGUUAACUUUUAUCUAUUGACGUGGUCAUAUUGUAUGUACCCAUGUUUAAAUAAAAAGUAAAAUAAAAUUAAAAUAUAUUCCUUGAAAUACUCGAAGAUUGUACUAUAUUUCCAGCAUUACCAAGGUACCCUGGAGUGGUUGACGCUGUUAGGUUAUAACUGGUUUAUUAUUGGAACCGUAAUAUACACACAUGUAUGUAUAUUGGUAUGUAUCUAAGUUUGUCUACCCCAACUUACAUUCCCACAUACAAAUGUUGCCAUUUUUUAAGUUCAAGGGAGCAAUGUACAAGCAGAGAAGUGUCUUAUUAUAAUAAAAGUAUACAGAGAAAAAAAGUUAAUAAAUUUUUGUUUUACUGGAA